CCAACCACCCGCAGCUCCAGACGUCACCCAACACCACGUGACACGCGGCGUCACGCGCAUGCGCAUUGCUUGUCCCCGCGCAGGCAUGAGCGAGGAAAGAUGGCCGACCCCGAGCAGAGCCUAGCACAGCUGGAGCUGCUGUGCAAGCAGCUAUACGAGACUACGGACACAUCCCAGCGUGUGCAGGCCGAGAAAGCCUUGGUGGACCUCACCAACAGCCCUGAAUGCCUCAGCCAGUGCCAGCUGCUGCUGGAGAGAGGGAGUUCUUCAUAUGCCCAGUUACUCGCAGCUACAUGUCUCUCCAAGUUGAUCUCGCGAACAAACAAUCCCCUUCCCCUGGAACAGAGAGUCGACAUUCGAAACUACGUGCUGUCGUACCUGGCGUCGCGGCCCAAGCUUGUCUCCUUCGUGACGCAGGCGCUCAUCCAGCUGUACGCGCGUAUUACUAAGCUGGGCUGGUUCGACUGCGACAAGGACGAGUUCGUUGUGCGAAACGUCAUCACCGACGUCACCAAAUUCCUGCAGGGCAGUGUAGAACACUGCAUGAUUGGAGCGAUGAUCCUUUCGGAACUGGUCAGCGAGAUGAAUCAAGCGGACACAACGCGACCAAUAACGAAACAUCGUAAAAUUGCAUCUUCGUUUCGAGACGUUUCGUUGUAUGAAAUUUUCACCCUCUCCUGCACACUGCUCAGAGAGGCAUCGGGCAAGAACCUAGAUCUGAGCGACGAGCGGCAGCAUGGGCUGCUACUCCAUCUCCUUAAACUCACCUACAACUGCCUCAACUUUGACUUUAUCGGAGCCUCCAGUGACGAGUCCUUCGAAGACCUGUGCACAGUGCAGAUCCCCACCAGCUGGAGAUCAGCCUUCCUGGAUGUGGCCACUCUCCAGCUCUUCUUCGAUCUGUACUGCUCCCUGCCUCCCACACUGUCACCACUGGUGCUGUCCUGCCUGGUGCAAGUGGCAUCGGUACGGCGGUCGCUAUUCAACAACACGGAGAGGGCCAAGUUCUUGUCACAUCUGGUGGACGGGGUCAAGCGAAUCCUCGAGAGCCCACAGAGCCUUUCAGAUCCAAACAACUACCACGAGUUUUGUCGGCUGCUUGCCAGGCUAAAGAGCAACUACCAGCUGGGCGAGCUGGUGAGAGUGGAGAGCUACCCAGACGUAAUCCGCCUGAUCGCCAACUUUACCGUUACAAGCCUGCAGCACUGGGCGUUUGCACCAAACAGCGUGCACUACCUGCUGAGCCUGUGGCAACGGCUGGCGGCGUCGGUGCCCUAUGUGAAGGCUACGGAGCCACACAUGCUGGAGACGUAUACGCCAGAGGUCACCAAGGCAUACAUCACGUCACGCCUCGAGUCCGUGCACGUCAUCCUAAGGGAUGGGCUGGAGGACCCGCUGGAUGACACGGGGCUGAUCAUGCAGCAGCUGGAGCAGCUGAGCACGAUCGGGCGCUGUGAGUACGAGAAGACCUGUGCGCUGUUGGUGCAGCUCUUCGAUCAGUCGGCGCAAGCCUACCAGGAGACGCUUCGCUCCUCCCCUGGACAGCCCAUGGAAAUCGCCGUUCAAGAAGGCCGCCUGACGUGGCUGGUAUACAUGAUUGGAGCGGUGAUCGGGGGGCGGGUAUCUUUCGCCAGCACGGACGAGCAUGACGCCAUGGAUGGAGAGCUUAUUUGUCGGGUGCUGCAGCUCAUGAACCUCACGGACUCACGGCUGGCACAGGCUGGCAACGAGAAACUCGAACUAGCCAUCCUCAGUUGCUUCGAGCACUUCCGCAAGAUUUACAUUGGCGACCAGGUCCAGAAGUACUCCAAGGUUUACAAAAGGCUUUCGGAGGUUCUCGGGCUCAACGAUGAGACGAUGGUGUUGAGUGUCUUCAUCGGUAAAAUUAUCACGAACUUGAAGUACUGGGGCCGGAGCGAGCCCAUCCUCUCCAGGACCCUCAACCUGCUCAACGACCUCUCUGUCGGCUACAGCAGCGUACGGAAACUGGUCAAGCUCACCGCCGUACAAUUCAUGCUGAAAAACCACACGAGCGAGCACUUCCCUUUCUUGGGUAUCAACAGCCAAUCAAGCUUGAGCGACAUGCGCUGCCGUACCACCUUCUACACUGCACUGGGACGAUUGCUCAUCGUCGAUCUGGGCGAGGACGAAGACCAGUUUGAACAAUUCAUCCUCCCGCUGACGGCAGCAUUCGAAGUCGUGGUACGAAUGUUCAACUCCAGCAACUUCAACCAGGAAGAGGCCAAGAGGACACUCGUCGGACUCGCGCGGGACUUAAGAGGAAUAGCGUUCGCUUUCAACAGCAAGACCAGCUACAUGAUGCUGUUUGACUGGCUCUACCCGACGUACAUGCCCGUUUUCCUGCGAGCCAUCGAGCUCUGGUACCUGGAGCCGGCCUGCACGACCCCCAUCCUCAAGUUAGUCGCCGAGCUUGUGCAGAACAGGUCCCAGAGGUUACAGUUUGAUGUGAUCUCGCCCAACGGCAUCUUGCUCUUCAGGGAGGCCAGCAAAAUGAUCACCACGUACGGGAACCUGAUUCUGUCUCUGGGCGAGAUUCCCAAGGACCAGCUCUACCCGCUCAAGCUCAAGGGGAUCUCCAUCUGCUUCUCGAUCCUGAAAGCGGCGCUGUGCGGCAACUAUGUCAACUUCGGCGUCUUCCGCCUGUACGGCGACAGCGCCCUGGACAACGCCCUGCAGACGGCCGUCAAGCUUCUCCUCACCAUCCCGCACGCAGACCUGCUGAACUACCCGAAGCUGAGCCAGUCGUACUACUCCCCGCUGCUGGAGUGCCUCACUCAGGACCACAUGAAUUUCCUGGUCGGCCUGGAGCCCUCGGUGCUGCUCUACAUCCUCACCUCCGUCUCCGAGGGCCUCUCCGCGCUGGACACCAUGGUGUGCACCAGCUGCUGCGCAAGCCUCGACCACAUGGUCACGUACCUCUUCAAGCAGCUCUCCCGCAACGGCAAGAAGCGGCCCGCAUCCGCCGUGCCGCAGGAUCGCGACCGCCUCCUCCACAUCCUGCAGCAGCGGCCGGACAUCAUGCAGCAGGACCGCGCGUCUGCCUUUUCCACGUCGCAGAUGCUCUCCACGGUGCUGAACAUCAUCAUGUUCGAGGACUGCAGGAACCAAUGGUCCAUGUCCCGCCCGCUACUCGGCCUCAUUCUCCUCAACGAGAAGUAUUUUACGGAGCUGCGUAACAACAUCGUGAGCAGCCAGGCCCCGGAGAAGCAACAGGCCAUGCACCUGUGCUUUGAGAACCUCAUGGAGGCCAUCGAACGAAACCUGCUCACCAAGAACCGUGACAGGUUCACGCAGAACCUGGCCAUCUUCAGGAGAGAUGUCAACGACUCGCUCAAAUCUAUGUCACCGUUUGCAGCCAACAGUGUGGACAUGAUGAGCUGAGGUCAUCUGCCUACAAGGGUGACUGACUGUCACGGGUUUUGGGUUUGGGGGCAAGGGCGGAAGUGGGAGGGAGGAGGGUGUUAGGGGAAUCUUUUUUCAGCCUCUUGGCCUGGUUUGAGCUCAGGGGUCCGCCGUUCAGCGAGCAAGUCAAAGCUUCCAGAGUUCGUCACCUGCCCCCCCCUGACAAACAAUACAGAAAGCCUAGUUGUAAAGGACACUAAAAAUAAAUGAUGAAAACAACUUUAAGCGAUCCUGGUAAUCUCAUGAGUUCUAGUGCAUCGGUUGCCCCCCCCCCCCACCUUUGCAUUGAUUGGCAAGCCUUUGAUGCUGGACCAAAGUGGAGUGGUUUUUGUUUUUAUUUUGUGAGCAUCUUGGUCUCGUUCUGAGUGAUGACAACGUCAGCGUCUCUUGGCUCAGUUGGUCCUGUCCGAUCGUCCAGAGUCUCGGAUGUGUAAUUUUUACCAAACAGCGUGUGGUGGCUUGUGAAACCCCAUUUUGCUGGCCACUCCGUGCACAUGUGAUGGAAUUGAGUCGGGGAAAAACAGGCUCGUGUCAGUCAUUUUAAAACUACAUUUAUUUCAAGGUCUAUCAGUGUUUUGUCAUAGCUUACAUAGUGGACCCAUGUGCUCGUGGAGAAGAAAUGAGCAACCCACCCGCUUGCCAUCCGGGCGAAGUCUGCUUGGCUGAGAAGUUGACUGUUGUUUUUAACGAUCUCAGCAUGAAUUAAAAACUAAAGGAAGGCGACAGUCUAGCAAAAAGCGACAAUCGACAAUGCGAACAUUUUACUGGAGGAAACCAUGCCGAACAGAUUUGCUAUGUCAGUGUUUUCUUUACUCUCUUUGUCUUUUUCACUGCCGCAUUAUGCACAUUGCACGCCCCCUAAUAAAGCUCCGCGGUGAUACUCGACUUUUUAAAAAAAAUCAGACGGUAAAUACACUUAUCAAUUGCUAUCAACAGCAUUCACGAACAAAACAAAAAAACGCUCAGUUUAGAAGUUGCGGCGACUUGAUAUAUUUUCUUUUGGUACGAUUCCGGGUGCCGUGCCUGCCAAACCAGCGGCUCAAGAGAUUUGGAAACAAAACGAUGCGAUAUCUCGUGCGCGCCAAGUGUCCCGUCUCCCCCCGUGGACGCGUUCACAGCAUGCGCUGUAUAGGGGAGAGCCUUGUUUUGGCAAGGCACCCACAUGGAGCACACGACGCUGGGUCAUUAGGUGCGGACGCACGCAGCCCACUUGUUUUCGCAUUCUCCGAAUCAUUCCCGAAAUCUCAGAGAAGUGCAACUUUAGUUUUGCCCAUGUGUUCCAAGCGGACAAGUUGGCCUAAUUAAGUCAGCGGGCAGCAUAAUAUGUUCACGCGAGCCCCCUCUGAAUGAGUUCUCAUGUACGCGCUUGAGUGUGUGUGUGUGUGUACCUACUGGGAGAGCGGUAGUGUAGUGGUUAGCGCCGCUAUGCUACGAACCUGGCGACCCGAGUUAGAUUCCCGCUCACGGCCAACACCAGUGACGAUUAUCUGAACCGGUCUUGGGCCUCCACUAGGUCGAGUCAGCCUCAAAUGAGUACCUGGUGCGGUGUGUAAACAUCGACCACUGGGAAGACAAAGACGGUCGGGCGUGGUCCUGGCCAUCCACCGUCUCAUGGUGCUGUGCCGGCCUUCAUAGGUGCUCGCUAACAGCACUUGCCCCUGCAGUCUGUAAGGGCUACACAGGGGAUCUUUGUCUUUGUACCCUCUACCUGCCGUGUCGACACCCCCAGUUUAGUGAGUGCAGCCUCUGUUUUAUCUUUUGAGAGGUACAUUAACAAGUUUAUAAAGCACAUUUAUUUUCAAGAUAACCAAUGCUGACUUCAUUGGAACACCUUACAAGCCAUCUGUAAUAGUUUUAUUGUCACAUCUGCACAGUGAACUUAAUAUUUCACUUUUUAUCCUCUUAAUCUGCCUACUCUCAACAAAAGGCUGUGUCCUGGGCAAUGAGGUUUUGGUGGGUUUAUCUAGAUUUUCCAGGACAUUCCUCAUUUGAGAAAUACAAGAUGCUCCACUCCAUGAACACCUGAUCUGGAACCACACUUAUGCUCGAGAAUACAUCUAUACGAAUUAAAAUAAGUGGAAAAUGUGUGCUCACCAAAUGGCUAUUGGCUGGCGUAACAGAUGAAUGGGUGAGUCAAUAAGCCUGACAAUACAAACACCGACAUGGAUUUCAGCUGCGAGCAGUCUCUUCCCAAAAUUAAACUCAAACUUCGAGGGUUGUUGCUGGCUGAUGGAGUGCAACUUUGUCUUACAAACCUUAAUCAAGUGGGGAGCACGUCUGCCAAACGAACAGCUUUAACGCACAAACACAAGCCUUCAGCCUCAUGGGAAAGGUUCAACGUUAGCUCCAUUACCAUCGCCCAGCAUAAUGUGGUUUGUGAUGUUUUGAAUGGGAUAAUGUAAUUGUAGUUAUUUCUUAUUCAAUCCACUGCCGGAUGAAGGCGUCCCCAUGCCGCGUCUUUUAUGGGCAUUGGUUGAGCAUAUUUCACCGUGCUAAGGAUCGGUGCUGAUUGGUCAAUUGACGGGAGAGGGUCCGGGACCCGUUCCGAUGUCCACUGGCCACUCGCGGUUAGCCUGGGGCAGGAGUCAACUCAGGUCGCCAGGUUCCUGGAGCCGUGCCCGAGCUUUUCGCUGCCACCUCUACGCCGUUUUAGUACGACGACGACAUGCUAAGGAUACAGAACACUUGGCGCUGGGGUUUUGUAUUUUUUUUUUAAAAGUGGACAAACUUCUGUGAAUGGAAUGACGUCUUCAAGUCGCACAGACGCGACGCAGCUUCGGAGGCCGCACGGCUGUCCUGCUGGACAGCGUAGAGCCCCUCGGUGGGCGUUUGAUUUCACAGUUUGAUGUGUCUUUAACACUGACAGGAUUAUUAGAUAAGCAGUGGGGACCUAUCUCCCCCUUUUGUUGUUGGGCCCCAUAGAAUCAACAUCGGAUAGGGAUCUUACAAAAGCAAUUGUCGCAGAGUCUCCAUCCGGGUCACAUUUGUUUUGGCUGGCCUUUCGCGAUAAUGUGAGAUAGCAACGGCGUUUGUGGGAGAUGUGCUGCUGCACAUAAACUUUAUUUCGCCGACUUACGUUUGGAUUUGAAGUGCAGUAUGAUCUUUUGUGACUAUCCAAAACUGAUAAACUGAGAAUUUUGGCAAAGUAAUGUAUUAUAUGAAUGAAAAAAAAGUGUUAAACAAAUUUAAGAUGUAUAUAUCUACACCUUCAAGUAAACUAUUCAAAUUUUUAAUUAUAGGUUUCUUAAGAGAUCCAGUUGCAGAGGUAUGCUCUCUCAGUGGUGCAUAACGUACUACCACUCAUCGGGUAGCAGUUUACAGUUAUAAGAUAAUUUAGCGCGGACGUUAGGACUCUAAAUUUACUUGUUAUUGUAUUAUUAUGCAGGCUGUUACACCUCGUUUAAAGAUGGUUCGCUUAAUCUGGAUAAUUGUUGCAUUCUCAGCGUAAAGAGAUUGAUCCGUGUACCAAUGAGCGCAUCAUCUGCUCGCUUCACGUUCGGGGCCUUGGCAUUUUGGGUGACAUCCGUCAUUUUGAUGUAAACGCUAUAAAGCAUCGUUGAUGCGAAACUCCUCCCGGCUGUAACUGAGUGCGUGUGUGUGGGCGUUCACAAUGAGCCGCUACCACCAGUUGAACAAAACGUACGUCGUAAAAUUUUACGUGCAAAACAGCAACCGUGCAUAUCAUUCCCGUAGCCCAUGUCAGCAUUGCAUUGUAUGGAGUGUGUAUGUUGAACUUCUUUUGCACCGUACGUAGCCAACCGUGAUCAUUGGAGGUUGCAAGGGGAAGGACAACAAACUAAACGCAAACAGCAGUUCUGGAGAAAUUAGUUUUUCAAUCUAGAUGAUUUAAAAGUGCGCAGCUCCAUAGUGGCUUUCUAAUAUCCGAAGCAAGAGGCGUUCCAGACGGCCGCAGAAGCGCAUCUGAAAACGCGCGAAGCAGUGAGCGCAUUGAGUGAGACACGUCGUUCAGUGGGCUCGCUGAGCACCCCACCCGAUGGAGUCGCAAACGUCAGGCUAACAUUCGAGCUCUUAAAAUUAUACUUCCCAGAAUUCAAAUUGUAAAAAAAACAAAAAUACUGGCAGACUAAGCCCGCUCGCAUAGGUUCGAUCAAGUCGCCUGUGCAAACCUCAUGUGUUUUUGUCGAUAUUGCAAUUAAUUAUUAACUCCGUUCAUAUAUCGCGUCGAGUUUAGCGUUUCACACUGUUUGCUGUUAUACGCUUGGGGUAUGUACAUGAGCUGAAACUAGGUGAAGACUUUAAAAUGUCCCUCCGACGGUAUUUUUAUACUUAUGCGAUUUAGACUCGUUGGAAGUCGACACAGUAACGCUGACUUGGGAGAAAUGUAAAAAAUGUACAUUGAUGUAGCCUUUCCAGGUGUAUUUGUACAAGAUGAUAAAAAUUUGUACUCAUUUCUUUUUUUUCUCGUCGCGUGCCAUGUCUGCAGGUAUGGGCAAGCGAGUGUGAGUGUGCAAGCGAGUGUGCAAGCGAGUGUGAGAGCGCGGGUUUGAAAUGCGCGUGCGUGUGUGCGUGUGUAUGUAGGUACGUCGUGUGUUUGCACGUGUGUGUGUGUGAGCAUUCUUUCAAGUGUGUGUGUACGUGCGUAUUUGUGACUGCAAACAUGUGGGGAGCGGUGGCACUGUGGUUAGCGCGUUUCGCUACGAACCCAGCGGGUUCGAUUACCCGCUCACGGCCUACACCAGUGACGAAUGUAUGAACCGGUCCUUGGCCUCCCCUAGGUCGACUCAGCCUCAAAUGAGUACCUGGUCCGAUGCAUAAACAUCGCCACUUGGGAGACAAAGGUGGUCGGGCGUGGUGCUGGCCACCCACCCCCUCGUGUGCCGUGCUGGCCUUCAUAGGUGCUCGCUAACAGCACUUGCCCCAACAGUCUGUUAAGGCUAUACGGGGGAUCUUUGUCUUUGUUUGCGACUGCGCGAUGAAUGAGAGUGGGCAUGCUUGCAUGCGUACGUGUGGAAGCAGGCGCGUGUGUCCGAUCAGUUGUGUGUGCAGCAGACGGCAAACAACCAUAGGAAACAGUAACACGGUAUAGUUUGGUACAAUCCUGCAAGAACCAAAUUGCAUUUUUUUUUAUAUUUGUGUUUACAGAAUUUGAUGUUUUGCUUUAACAAUGUAUUGUCCCACUGUUGUAUUGAGCCACCGACCUGUUAAAGCUAACUUGGAAACCUUGUGUAAUUACCAUAGAAAUUAUAUUUCUAUGAGGCCAUAUUCCCAUUUACCAUUUUUUGUUUAUUUGGAAACUUGUUACUGGAGUAAACACAUUAGAUAGAAUUUGAGACAAACUGCUUACCAGAAUGCUGAUCCUUUAUUGUUAGCAGUGACAUAGUGGAGUGAUGUCCUGAUUGUGUGUUCAAGAAUGAGGCAUUUAAUAAAGAACUGAAAAAAAUAACG